AAAUCCGAUGCGCACCAUCCAAAGAUCACACAUCAGCUGUCCGAUGAAGUCCGCCUGACGAGAUAUAGCCAUAUCAUAAAGUGGCCAAAACCGAGUAGGAAUCACUAAAUCUAUCCAUCGGGAAGAACGUGGGGAAUCCACAGGAGCCCGCGGUCUCUUCCGGGGAUCGGGAAUGAUAUCAAGUUGCUCGUGUAGUUCGCCUUCCGGAAAAGUAGCAUGAGCUAUACCAAAUGCGUUGUAAAGCGGAUGAGAGCUGCGCCUGACCUUCGUAGUGUUAGCUCUGGUCGACAAUUGCAGAUAACUAUACUGGAGGCUGCUCCAAAGCGUGAGCCGAAACGGGAUCUAUGCUCUGAAUCUUGAUCACUCCACCAAACUUUUCACUUGCCUCCUACACUUUCGCAUCAUGUCUGGACUCACCGCAGCCGCCCUGCCGAUAGAUGGCCCCGCUACCGUAACAGAGGCAAGCUCGACUCCAACAGACAAGGCCGAACAGAUGGGCGAUGCUGCGACCUCGGUUGAUAUCAACAAGUACUUGACGCGAUCCGUGCACGACUUGCUCUCUUUGAAGGGCCGCACCAUCGUCAUCACAGGAGGUGCACGUGGACUUGGUCUCGCUUUCGCCUUUGCGGUGGCCGAAGUUGGCGGAAAUGUCGCAAUCCUUGAUGUCCUGGAUACGCCUCACGAGCACUACAAGCAGCUACAGGAGAGGUUUAACGUUAAGACCAAGCUCUACAAGACGGAUGUGACCAAGUACGAGGUGCUGCAGGAAACCUUCAACAACGUUGUCGCAGAUUUCGGACGGAUCGACGGACUGGUCACGGCUGCUGGGAUCUGCCCGGACGAGCCAUUCCUUGAGCGCUCACCCGAGUCCGUGGCACGCUGUUUUGCUGUCAACACCUUAGGCACGUACUACGCGGCACAGCUAGCCGCACGGCAGAUGGUGAAGCAAGAGCCGACGGAAUUCAACAAGAAAGGUGGUUCUAUCGUAUUCAUCGCCUCCAUCGCCGCCUACGUGGCGAGCAAGGGCCAGACUACGAGCGACUACUGCUCGAGCAAGGGAGCCGUGGUCUCACUCGCGAAAGCGUUAGGUGUCGAGCUUGCAGGAACUGGGAUCCGGGUCAACAGUGUUUCUCCUGGGUACAUGAUGACAGACAUGACGCAGGAUCUCUGCAAGCGCAUGCCCUGGUUAGGCGACAUUAUGCAGAAUGAGCCACCGAUGCGUCGCAUGGGUGACCGCGCGGACCUAAAAACACCGAUUGUGUAUUUGUUGUCUGACGCAAGCGCGUACCACACGUCGGAUGACCUACUAAUAACUGGUGGUAUUCAUGCUGGAAGACUGUUAUAAGUGAUCAAGAAUUGCAUGAAGUGGGUCGCUGGUAUCAUUUUCAUUCAUUG